AAGAAAGUAAUCUAUUUACCAAAAACCCUUUCCCUCUCUUCCCGCUGUUUGUUCUCUUUCUCUCUCUACAAUCUCUGCCACUUUACUUCUUACAAUUUCUAAGCUUUUUCCUUAUCAAAUCUUCAUUUUCACUGCACAUAGCAAACUAAUUUUCAAAUUUUGGGCAACAUGAAGUGGAAAGUUUAGUUCUUGGGGGGAAACCCUAUUUUAUUUCAACCCACUUCUUGUUUUUUUUCUUUUCCAAAGACUCAAUUUUUUUUUCUUGUGGAUUUGUUAGAAAUUGCGUGUAGACAAGGUUAUUAUGGAAAAUUCGGUACCCAGGACUGUAGAAGAAGUAUUCAGCGAUUUCAAAAGUCGUAGAGCUGCUUUGAUUAAAGCACUUACCACAGAUGUUGAGAAGUUUUAUCAGCAGUGUGAUCCUGAAAAGGAGAACUUGUGUCUCUAUGGGCUUCCUAAUGAAACAUGGGAAGUAAACCUCCCGGUGGAAGAGGUGCCUCCAGAACUUCCUGAACCAGCAUUGGGCAUAAAUUUUGCACGUGAUGGAAUGCAAGAAAAAGACUGGUUAUCACUUGUUGCUGUUCACAGUGAUUCGUGGCUGCUUUCUGUUGCAUUUUACUUUGGCGCAAGGUUUGGGUUCGGCAAGAGUGAUAGGAAGAGGCUUUUCCAAAUGAUAAAUGAUCUCCCAACAGUGUUUGAAGUUGUUACUGGAGCUGCUAAACAAACACGUGAUGCUCCUCACAACAAUAGCAACAAAAGCAAAUCAAGUGGAAAGCCUCGGCAGCCAGAGUCCCAACUCAAGGCAGUAAAGGUGUCUCCACCUAAAAUGGAGAACGACAGUGGUGAGGAGGAAGAAGAAGAAGAAGAGGAUGAACAAGGCGCAACUCUGUGUGGAGCUUGUGGUGAUAAUUAUGCGACUGAUGAAUUCUGGAUUUGCUGUGAUAUUUGCGAGAGAUGGUUCCAUGGAAAAUGUGUGAAGAUUACUCCAGCUAAAGCUGAGCAUAUCAAACAGUACAAGUGUCCUAGUUGCAGUAGCAAGAGAGCUAAAGUCUAAAAAUUGCGGCAAGGACAAUUAAGUGGUGAUGUUGGAAGGUGUAGGAGUUUUAGCUCAGUUAUCAAAUGUCAAAAGUUAAAUGUUUGCUGAUGGAAUUGGGAUGUCCAUUUGCUUUCUGUUAUCUUGCUUUCGGAUUGCGUUUUAGAUUUUAAAGAAAUUGUGCCUGUUA